AUGCAAGCCAAUCAGAACCUCUGCAUUGCUAUCUUCGGCCCUACUGCCGAGGUCAUCUCCGUGGAUAGCUUACAGUGUUACAAGGCAGGAAGCAUUCUCACCGCCAAGCCUACCGUUCAAGAGAUAGAUAAUGUUCCUCAUCACAUGGUCGAUUACCUUGAGGCUGAUGAGGAACCUCAUGACUUUGUGGCCAUGGCUGCAGAUAAGAUGGAGGAAGUCACAAAUCGAGGGAAACUCCCCAUUCUUGUCGGCGGCUCAACAUCUCUCGCAAUACCCUUGCUACACGAGGCACUUAAGCGUGAGUAUCGGUUCAUUGCAGCAACCUUGAUACCACGUCAAUCUACAUACUGGCAGUUCAUCCAAGUUAAAGCCAGCGAGAUGCUCGAGAGGGGUCUCCUUGGCGAACUCGAGGAGCUGAGAGAUCUUCAGCAGAGUUUGCUUGAUGACAACGCAUGCUUCCAUAAAGGCGUGUGGAAGGCCAUAGGCGCCCAUCAGUCGUCAUUCCAGAGGGGUCUCGCACUCAUGAACGCCAACACUUUGCAGUACGGCUUCCAUCAGCUCGAGUGGAUACUAUGCACGAGCCUCCCUGUCACUAACAAGGCUUCCUGGACGUUGGAUGUUGAGAUACCUGCCAUAUCCAUGCUCAACGAGCUUUGCUACACGCCCCCCUUUUCUCGAAUUGUUGAGAUUAAGCUGACCUUCACCAGUGGCGGAUCUUCGUCGGGUAAUGAUCCGAAACACAUCCAGGCUGCCAAGAAUCUUGCUUUUGCUCUGCACAGUAAUAACUACAAGCUCAUCUACGGCGGUGGAACAACUGGGAUCAUGGGCGCCAUUGCCAGCACUCUGGUUCAGCUCUCGAGCCCAAGUACCGUCCACGGCAUCAUUCCCGUCGCGCUCGCAAAGUACGAAGAGAAACUCACAAAGAAAAAUGCAGAUCCAUCAAAGUUCGGAAGCCGGACCGUUGUGAAGGACAUGCACACACGCAAGAGACUCAUGAUCGACGCAGUCAUUGGCGGUGCCCCUGGUAGCGGCUUUGUCGCUCUUAGCGGCGGAUACGGCACUUUAGAGGAACUACUUGAAACGACGACUUGGUACCAGCUCGGUAUACACCAGUGCGGUAUCUGUGUCUUUGACGUGUGCAGGUUCUACAAGGGCUUGAUAGAUUGGGUUGAUCAAGCUGCACAGGCAGGGUUUGUUGGCACAGAGGAUGUUGAUAUUCUGAGGAUUGCAACGACAGCCGAGGAAGUCAUUGGAUAUCUCGUAACUGGGAUGGCCUAG